CCUUGGGGUCAUCUUUGACAAUUAUCUAUUUAAAGGUAUGCAAUAUUAAGAUUUUAGACUACUUAAACAAAAUGCAAUACUAUCAAUUAACGAAAUUGUGGUUUGCUGUGAUUGUGUCAUGUUUUUAUAUUAGCUAUAUUGAUGGAAUACACGAUCGUCACAUUCAUUACAACAUUAACAAAUGGACAGCACACGACCAUGGAAAUACAUCUUCUGAUAUUACAGAGGGCAAUUGUACCAUGGAUAUGUUUAAAGGGGAUACUAACAACAAUGCCUACUGGGCUUGUCUCACCCAACUGGCCUUACAAAGGAACUGGUUCCCCGACCCCAUCAAUGGACUCUUCAGCUACCAAACGUGGAAUGGCUUCGAUGGAUUCUGGCAAAACGGAGCUGUGCUAGAGCCAAUGGUGAAUUAUAUGAACUACACCAACAGUACUCGGUAUCUUAGUGUCAUAAGGAACUCAUGGCGUGGACUUGAGAGUUUAUUACUUGGGUAUGCCCCGUAUCCAUCAUUUGAUGACAUGGCGUGGUUUGGUAUGAGCUAUACGAGGAUAUAUGAGCAACUUGGAGAUGUUGACUUUCUCAAUACGGCCAUGGACAUCUAUAACUGGACUUGGACCACCGGCUGGGAUCACACUGGCAACUGUAGCGGAGGAUUCUACUGGGAUAAUACAUUCGCUUCCAAACAGACUAUCACAAAUGUCGAGAUGCUUGUGCUUGGGGCUCGCCUGUUCAGACUUAAAGGCGGCAAUGAUACCGUCCUGUGGAGCCGCUUGAUUGAAACAUGGAAGUUCAUCGAAGUGAACAAUCUCAUUAACUCUUCAACUUUCCUCAUAGCUGAUGGCAUAUUUGACAACAAUUGCUCCAGUAACUAUGCCUAUAAGCCCACCUACAACAAUGGGGUACUUAUUGGUGGUUUAGUGGAACUCUGGAGGAUUAUCAACAACGAUGACUUGUUGGAACUUGCACACAAAGUGGCCAAUGCCACAAUGGUGUUAAAAUCCAACAAUAGCAUACUGACAGAGUGGUGUGAUUUCACGGGCUGUGAUGAUGAUGCGUUGAUGUAUAAAGGACUGUUUGUAAGGAACUUACGCUACCUCAUGGAUGUAUCAAACUCCACAAAGAGAGAGUUCUACAAUAACUGGCUCCAAAGAAACAUUGAUGGGAUUCUGGCUAACAAUACAUGUAGGAAACCCCUGGUUGACUGCAAGAUAGUAUAUAGGGAUGGUUCUCCCUUUAACGAUGCAACUGGGCCAGUAUUUGGUACAAACUGGCAUGGGCCGUACAACUUCUCGGCCCCAAUGCAACAAACUGGCGUACUGGAGAUAUUCCUAAGUGCCACGGUGCCAGGGGUACAGUGUAUGGGUCAAGGAUGUAGCUAUGACCCACCUGUUCCACCAGCCAAACACCUCACGUGUGAUGACAAGCCAUGUCCCCCUGGGGAACCAUGCUGUAAAUACAAUGGGGCUUAUACAUGUUGUGACACGACACAAAAAUGCAUUAACAGUGUUUGCACAUAAUAUAUAGAGGGUGGGCCAUCGAUUUUUAAAAUAUUUAUGAUCAUCAUGGGCCAAUAGAUGAAGCAUGUAUAACAUGACAAAAGAUAGGGACUUGCUAUUCAUAUAAAGGUUGUUCUCAUCGUGAUUGGCAAGCCUUUAUAUUUUCUUAGCACUCACAGAACAAUGAUAGACCAUUCGGUCUACAGAGUGGGCCAAAAACAAUACUCAUACCACCCCUGUGUCAAUUUUAGCCUCUAACACAAGAAAACAAUUUUUUCAAU